UUCUCGAAACUUUGUGUCGAGUUUUCUCUCGUCAUGACAAGAUUAAGGUCGACAUGACGACUUUAAUCUCGUCAUGUUGGCCAGAAUUUUUUUUCCUCACCGUGGCCCUAAAACUCCGUCGUAGUUUCUUGUAUAGUUUUUACGUUUUUUAAUCGUUAAUGUAAACGUAACGGAGCUGCUCUGGUUUACUAUCAGAUGUGUAGCAUUUGACCACGCCCCUUGCUUCAAAUAUCGCGAGACUAUGAAUCAAACUUGAACUCUGCAUCUCUUAACUGGUUACUUCACGUUCCAGUUAAACAGCGCCGCAUGCUAUCAUCACUAAUCGUUUUUUAGACUUCGAGUCUCAAUGAAAGCUGUGAUUCUCGCCGCCGGCUACGGUACAAGGCUCCAGAGGGAUGUUGCCUCUGACAGCAGCGGGAAGUUCGCUCACCUGGCAGGGGUCGCUAAGCCGCUCCUGCCGGUGGGGAGCUGUGCGCUGAUCUCUCACUGGGUCCAGGCUCUGACCUCCUGUGGAUUUGUUGACUGCAUUUACGUGGUGACGAACGCUCUCUACGAGGCUGCAUUUCAGGAGUGGGCUCAAAGGUUCACAAACGUCCGGAUUCUCAGCGAUCAGACCAUAAGCAAUGAAGGGCGUCUCGGUGCUGUGGCCUGUUUACAGCUGGCUGUACAUCACUUUAAAAUUGAGGACCACAUUGUUGUUGUUGGAGGGGACACCCUCUUCAAAGAGGACUUCAGCCUCAAAGAGGUGAAGAAGAGGUUUGCAGAUGUCCAAGCAAAGUGUGAAGACAGCUGUGUGGUGCUGUCAUACCUGUGCAGGGAUGAGGAAACAAGAAAGUAUGGAAUUCUGGAAGUAGACAGAGAUCUUCAGGUCUGCUGUAUGAGGGAGAAACCUCUUCCUUCAGACACAACGUCCAGGAGGGCAUGCCCUUGCUUCUAUGUGCUUUCAAAGAACAGCCUUCAUCUGCUGGACACAUUCCUGAGGGAAAAGAUGGAAGCUCCUAUUGAAGAGAAAGAUGCUCCAGGAAAUUUUAUAUCUUGGCUUAUUUCAAGAAGUCCAGUUUAUGUUCAUGAAAUAUCUGGACGUUUCGACGUUGGAAAUUUGCCUUCCUAUAUUGAGUGUGACCUUUACUUUAAAAACAAUCUCCAGGAUGUAAAUUCGUAUAUGGUUUAAAGAAAACAAGAACAGAAAGUUUUGGACCAUUUACAAAAUAAUAAUAAUUCUGUGCCCAAAUAAAAAUUGACUCACAAAAAAAGAAUCAUGAAUGUAAAUAAUACUUUUAAUGUUGGAUGUAAUAUUUUCCAGCAAAU